GCGGGCACCGGGCCCCCAGGUGGAGCGGCGGGCACCGGGUCCCCAGGAGGGGCGACAGGAAUCAGGCCAUUUGGCUCGCCAGCGGGCACCGCGUCAUCUGGCAAGGCAGUGGGCACCAAGUCACCAGGCACGACAGUGGGCACUGGGUCAUCAGGCAUGGGAUUGUCUGGCUCGACAGCAGGCAUCGGAGUCAACUGGCAUAAUAGGAUCAUCAGGCUGGAUCAGUUCAUCAGGCUGGGCAUCAGGCUGGGUGGAGGCAUCAGGCUGAAUUGUGGGCGCCGAAGCACCAGGCUGCACCACGGAAGGCAGGUUCUCAGAUGGGAGGCUGACCGGUUUGGAUACUGG